UUCCACCUCACAAUCACACACAAACACAAACUUGGCUCUUUCUCCAGCUAUCCUUGAGCUUGCUCUUGCUAUGGGGCUUGUACUUGUAAUAUUUUCUCUGCUCUCCACUCUCAUCUUCCUAAGAGCAGCAUGGAUCACCUUAUCAUGCUACUACCUAACUCCAAAGAGAAUCAAGAAGAUCAUGGCUUCACAAAACGUGUCCGGCCCAGAACCCGGCUUUCUUGUCGGAAACCUCACAGACAUAGCUUCCCUCAUUGCCAAGAGCACCUCCGCCGACAUGGAAUCGAUCGACCAUGACAUUGUGGGCCGUCUCAUGCCCCAUUAUGUUCUCUGGUCCAAAAUUUACGGCAAGAGGUUUAUGUUUUGGUAUGGGAGUGAGCCAAGAUUGUGUUUAACUGAGAUUGAUAUGAUCAAAGAACUCCUCUCUUCCAAGUAUGUUCACAUCUCCGGCAAGUCCUGGCUUCAACAGCAGGGAUCCAAGCACUUCAUAGGACAAGGUCUGUUAAUGGCCAACGGCGAUAACUGGUUUCGUCAGCGUCACGUUGUCGCCCCUGCAUUCAUGGCAGACAAGCUUAAGGAUCAUGUUAGAUACAUGGUGGAUUGCACCAAGAAAAUGAUAAAAGCAUUGCGUUGUAGCAUUGAGACCGGAGACGAUGAAGUUGAGAUUAGUAGCUACUUGAAGAGGUUGGCCGGAGACAUUAUCUCUCGAACUGAGUUUGACUGUAGUUAUGAGAAGGGAACACAGAUAUCACAUCUGCUCAAUCUAUUGCAGCAGCUCACAGCUCAGUCCAGCCGCCACUUGUGGUUUCCUGGUAGCAGGUUCUUUCCCAGCAAAUUCCGAAGGGAGAUUAAGGCUUUGAAAAUGGAAGUGGAAAGGCUACUCAUGGAGAUAAUUCAAAACAGGAAAGACUGCUUCGAGAUCGCAAGGAGUUCUUCAUACGGCAAAGGUUUACUAGCAAUGCUGCUUGCAGAAGCACAGAAGAAGAGGGAAGGAUUCCGUUACUCCCUUCAAACUGUGAUGGAUGAAUGCAAGACAUUCUUCUUUGCGGGUCAUGAUACUUCAGCAUUGCUACUUACUUGGACCAUCAUGCUGCUCUCAACAAACACAUCAUGGCAAGACAAAGGGCGAGAAGAGGUUGAACGAGUGUGUGGCGAUGAGCCUCCAUUAGCUGAGCAUCUCCCCAAGCUCAACAUGCUACAAAUGAUAAUCAAUGAAUCACUGAGGUUAUAUCCACCUGCAUCCCUUUUACCAAGGAUGGUGUUUGAGGACAUUAAGCUAGGUGACCUUAACAUCCCUAAAGGGCUCUCAAUCUGGAUCCCUGUCCUUGCAAUACACCACAGUGAGGACAUAUGGGGGAAGGACGUGAAUGAAUUCAAUCCAGGGAGGUUCUCCGGCAAGUCAUUCGCACAGACCCGGUACUUCAUGCCCUUCGCAGCAGGGCCACGGAAUUGCGUUGGACAAGCAUAUGCAAUGAUGGAAGCCAAGAUUAUUCUUGCCAUGCUUCUAUCCAAUUUUAGUUUCUCCAUCUCCAAAAACUACAGGCAUGCACCAGUAAAUGUACUAACCUUAAAGCCUAAGCAUGGUGUCCUAGUCCAUUUGAAACCAUUGCGGCCUUAACCAUUCAGUACUACUUCUCAAUUCAAUACCUAAGAUCAUUCUGAGAGUUUGUUGUACCUUAAGGCUUUGAGUGAGUCAGACAUAUAUCAGUUUUUCAAUGUACCAAUAGAAUAACUCAUUACACAGAA